AUGGCAUACCAAAUCAUAGAGCAAAAUUUUCCCUUGGUGUGUCUCCCAAUUUCGAACUUCGUCAGGCCCAAAUCAAACUAUGUUUUUAUUUUUUUCUUGGCCUUUUUGCAGCUUUACACUGUUAGAUUCCCCGUGAAAAAUGCCAUCGAAUGACUUAUGGGUAAACCCGUAAUGACAUCCUUCCUUUAUAAUCAUUUUUUGCCCUCGCCCGGCGCUGAGCGGUACUGUAGUGGCGCGGGGUUUGAAAGGCGGCUUUGAGGGAUCUUGAUUCUCAGGCGGCGCAUUCCGUGUUGGCGGGAACUGAAGACAGUUUUGUAUAAUGACUACUUGAAUGGGGAGCUCGAUAUGCAGGAGGGUGGUUACUGUAGGCGGGAAAGUGGGGCAGUUCGAAUGGGACUUUCGGGGCUGUCUGAAGAUGCCGGUUCCGACAAGGUGGAGUCAUUCAUUUGAUUUUUACUCCUACGUCCCACUUGCUUUCCCAUUUCAAAUCCCCCGCCCGCCCGAGUCGCACCGAACUUCGCCGCGCAAUUUGUCGUGCGCACCAAGAAUCGCACGAAUCGCAACACACCCGUGUUCCUCGACAGUCUACAAGAAGACUCUACAACAACUGGCGGCCACCUACAACAAUUGGCGAUCAGUGGACUUCAACGCAGACAACGAGAACGACCAGUGCAGCAGCAAUCGAGCCGACGGGGAGGUUAGCCACACAUUGAACUGGACGUAAAAAGUUUGCAGGCUAUCCUAGAGGCCCAAGCCAGGAUGCAGCAAGAGAUGUUCGCCGAACUCGUCAACCACAUGGAACGAAUGGUGUUUGGCUCACGUUCGACCGCUCCAGCGUCUCCAGCCAACGCAGCCGAGUUCGAGAUAAACUCGCUAUCAACGCGUCUACCUGAAUUCGUAUAUGAUCCCGACAAUGAUUGUACCUUCGAGGUCUGGUACAAUCGCUACGAACACGUCAUAUCGAAGGACGGCGCUGCCUUGGAUGAAGCCGCAAGCUCGACUAAUCGUCUCCAUGCUCGACGCCGUCACAUACGCUCGCUUCACAAGUCGCAUUCUACCGAAACGAGCUUGUGA